UUUUUAACUAUAUUUCGUCUUAUUAUAUUUUUUUUAUUUUUUCAGGCCAAACGUACAAAGAAGGUAGGAAUUGUAGGUAAAUAUGGUACCCGAUAUGGUGCCUCGCUGCGUAAGAUGGUCAAGAAAAUUGAAAUCACCCAGCACAGCAAAUAUACCUGUUCAUUCUGCGGAAAAGAAUCCAUGAAGAGAGCUUGUGUAGGAAUUUGGUCAUGCAAAAGGUGUAGACGAACUGUAGCAGGUGGAGCUUAUGUAUAUUCUACAACAGCUGCAACCACUGUACGAUCCGCAAUCAGACGUUUGAGGGAAGUGAACGACUUGUAAUUUCCAACAUUUGAUCAUUAUCUAAUAUAAGGACAUUAAAAAAAAA